GCGAUCCUCCCCGGUCCCCGCCUAUAAAAUCUCCCUCCCUCGGCCACUUCCGGCGAGGAGCUUUCCACUUCACGGCCGGUCCUACCUGCAGCAGCCAGCAGCCGGCCCGGUUCGUCGCGAGCGACGCGAGACCACCGAUCAAAAAGCCCGGCUCGAUCACAGUGAUCACAAGCAUCAAACUUUUCCUGACCAAGGCGGAUAGAUACGGAGCGGGUGCUUAAAGCAAAGCGAGACUGCGAGAGCGCUCUCCGCUGGUGGUGACCGCCUAUCGUGGUGGCUGCAGCAGCAUCACCUGUACCGCCGGCGCGUGAUUGCACCACGAGCCGUGUUGGUGGUGGAGACGGAAGGUGAAGAGGGAGGAGGACGGGGGUGGACCGGUGGUGGUCUCUUGAGAACCAGCGGCAGCGGCGGCGUCCAUGGGCGUGCACGGGCGGUCGAUGGGCUGGUACCUGGGCCCGCCGGAGUCGCCGGCGCCGGCCGGGAGCGCCGUCGCGGGGGCGCAGCACGCGCUGAGCAGCAGCCCGGCGGGCGGCGACGCCAGCUUCGACACCAACAUGGUCAUCAUCCUCGCCGCGCUGCUCUUCGCGCUCCUCUUCGCGCUCGGGCUCAACCAGCUGGCGCGGUGCCUCAUCCGCUGGGCGCGACGCGCGUCGGAGGGGGAGGGCGGCGCCGGCGCCAGGGGCGGAGGGCUCAAGAGGCGCGCGCUCCGGAGCAUCCCCGUGGAGGUCUACGGCGCGUGCGGCGCCGACGGGGCCGCGGCCGUCGCCGCCGACGUCUGCGCCAUCUGCCUCGGCGAGUUCGCGGACGGCGAGAAGGUGCGCGUCCUGCCGCGCUGCGCCCACGGCUUCCACGUCCGCUGCGUCGACACCUGGCUCCUCUCGCACGACUCCUGCCCCACCUGCCGCGGCACCGUGCUCGAAGCCGCCGCGCCCGGCAAGGCCACGACCGCCGCCUCCGCCCCCGCCCCCGCCGGGGGCAGCCGGCAGCAGCAGGGCAGCGAGGCUGCUGCUAUCGCGGUGGUCAUCGGAUGACGUGGACAGGAGAUGGGGCCCACGAGCCGAUUGUUGGCGGGGCCACAGGUAUGCGAGCUUUGUUCCGUGGCCGUGAGAUAUUUUGCGAUCAGAAACCGACGGGUGGGCCCUGUACCAGUUGUUUAUACUACUCCUAGUUUCCUAGGUCGCACACGAGUCAAGACUGCAUGUCGUUCCAUCAUCCGAUCGGCUUGUUGUCCUCUGCUCUGCUUCUGUGCAGUAGUUGUGCUUGGCUUCUGGCGGUUGCCCCUGUUUGUACAUAGAGAGAGAAAAUUUCUUGUAUGCCGUGUAAAAUGAGAGCUAUCUAUCGUCAAGAAAUUUUGAGCUCCCGUCCAUGCCA